CACCGGGGUCCUCAGGGCCUGAGACCGGGUUCCAACCUGGCUUCUCGGGAUGUCGGUGGCCUUCGUACCGGACUGGCUGAAAGGCAAGGCGGAAGUUAAUCAGGAGACGAUCCAGCGGCUCCUGGAGGAGAAUGACCAGCUCAUCCGCUGUAUCGUGGAGUAUCAGAACAAAGGCCGGGCGAAUGAGUGCGUCCAGUACCAGCAUGUGUUACACAGAAAUCUCAUUUAUUUGGCUACCAUCGCAGAUGCCAACCCCACCAGCCCUUCAAAACCAAUGGAAUAAUCUUUCAGCUGGCUCUCAUAAGGAGUAAUUGAGGGUAACCCAUUUCCUAUGAAGUAGAGAUAGGAUCUUUACCAACUCAACUGCUUGAAACAUGAAUGAAACCUCUGUGACUCUUUUAAAAAUGUGAAAAGGUGAAGAAAGCUACUAAGUUAACUGUAUUCGCAGCGUAAAUACUUAUUUUAAUAAUUAAGCAGAUUAAGUUGACUCCAGAUGUCCUCUUUACUGUUUGGAUGUUUCGAUAACAAAGAUAUCAUGGGCAUCUUCACUUCAACCUUUUCAGUUUCAACCUGAAGAGGAAACUGAAUAGAUGUUGGGCGAUCAACAGGAAUUGGCAAGACUCCUAACUGAGGCCCUGCCGAAUGGAUGUGUAACUGUGUGCUCCCUCCUACCAGUUUGUAGUUGUGGACCUGACCAUUUUUUUCAGGUUGCUUUGAAAUAAAGCUCGCCUUUCCAUGAAAGACUCCUAUUGAGGUAUAGAGGUUUUCAUAUAAUAAGUGUUCCAUUUGGUCUUCUGGAAAAACUGUAAGGACUUAAAAAUAUAUGUAACAACGGGACACCUCUGUGGCUCGGUCAGUUAAGUGUCCGACUUUGGCUCAGGUCAUGAACUCAACGGUUUGUGAGUUCGAGCCCUGCAUCGGGCUCUGUGCUGACAGCUCAGAGUCUGGAGCCUGCAUGGGAUCCUGUGUCUCCCUGUCUCUAUCCCUCCCCCCCGCCUUCAACAAUGAAUACAUGUCUUAAAAAUAUGUAUAUAUGUAACAACACCAUUAUCAUUGCUAACCAAAUCAAUAGUAAUUCUUAAUUAUUAUUUAAUAUCAUCUAGUAUCUUUUAAAAUACUGUUUUAAAAUAUCUUUUCCCACCUAUCUUUUUAAGGUUCUUGGGUGGGCCUCUAUAAUAAAAGACAGGUUAACAAAAGAAAAGCAUAUAAGUUAAGUUUGAUGUGACAUGGGAGUGCUUCAUAAGGAAAUGAAGACCCAAAAAACCAGUUAAACCUGAACAUUUUUAUAUUAGAUUUGAUGAAAAGUAGAAAGUUGUGGAAAACUGUGGGUGGAACAGUAGGGAUGAGUGAAGCGUUGUAAAUUAGGGGAACUUAGCAUGGCCUUUUCAUUCAAAAUCUCAGUGUCCCUCCUUUUUAAAAGAUAAAGAUGCUCCUUUCUUCUGAGUAUAAGGAGGGCACUUCUCACAUGGGGUCUCAUGACCUUGCUUCUUGGGAGGUCAGAAAGUCCUUCCAGCAUCUCAUUUUUCAGAUUCCUUCAGCUUAAAAUAUUCAGUACACCAAGGUGUCACGUUUUGGAGUAGCAUGUCCUGAACCCCAUCAAUUAUCACAAAAUGUCUUUUUGUUGACUUGUCUAACUCUGGGUCCAAACAAGAUUCAUAACACUGCAUUUUGUUGACAUCCCUUAAAUCACUGUAAAAAUACUUAGCAGUUCCCCUUCUUGUCUUCAUUGCCAUUUGUUGGCAAAACUAGGUGAUAUGCCCUAAAAUUAAUCAUGUUCUGGAUUUGCCUAGUUGCAUCCCUAUGAUGUUAUUAAAUAUGUCCCAGUAUUGCCCACUUUUCCUGUAAACUGGUAGAUCUAGAGGCUCAUUCAGACUCAGAUUCUAGUAAUUUUGGCAAGUAUACAACAUAGGAGGUAAGAGGUACUUGCUUCUGCAUUAUAUCAGGAACGACCUGAUAUAUCCAUCAAGUGCCCAAUAGUCUUUGACUUAAAUUAUGAUCUACCUAGCUUUGAUCUGUUAUUUCAUUAGGGAUUGCAUACCGGUGAUUUUCUAUUUUAUCAUCCCUCCUGCCUUUAUUAGCUUUGUGCAAUAAAGAACUUUCCCUCUUUGAGACUUCUCUAUAAAAUGAAGCGAGGAGAUUUUCCUAAGUGAACCCAAAAUUAGAACCUCCAGUGCCUGGCUCCUUUUGUAGGAGUUAAGGGUUGUAACCUAGAGAGGCUUCAUUUUGAGUCCCAACUCUAUCAUAACCUCUGGCAGCUGUUUCCUCACCUAUAAUAUGAUGAUAAUGAAAGCAGUAUCUGCCUCCUGAGGUUGUAAGAUUGUAAUGUGGUUGAGAGCUGGGCACGUAGUAAACAAUGUGUGUUAGCUCUGAUGUGUUAUCUAAGGGCUUUGGCCCUUUCUGGCCCUUCUCUAAUCUGGGAAGAAGCCAGUUCUUUGUUUCCUCAUUCCCCCAUUCUUCCAUCCUUAGAGUUCUAGUCCAUUCAUGAACGACUCCUUCCCCCACUGUUCAUGGGGUUGGUGCACAUACUCUAUGCGAUGUGGUCUGCUCAUGGGCCUGAUCUGUUUAGCAGAUAAUGGUGGGCACAAUGCAAUGUUUUUAGUUUUGAAUUAGGUGCUAACAUUUAAAGAGGGUCUCCUACUAAGCCUGAAUUUCUAGCAGUGCUGGGCCUGCAGGUCCACAUGACAACCAUCAGCUGGAGUUGGAUGGCAGUUGCCCCCUUUACUAGGCAGCUUGACCUGUUCACAUAGGGCUUGGCUCGAGCUGGAAUAAAAAUGCCAGCUGACGUUUCAGUUUGGACCUCCCCUAAAACAGAGCCUGAGACAAGGCCUUGGGUGCAGAUAGUUUAUUUGGGAGGUGAUCUCAGGAAACAGGAAUAAGGCCAUGAGGACGUUGAGACAAAGAAGAAGGAAAAGCCGCUAAACAAGUGUGUUAUCAAAGUUACCGCUAUAGGCAAUAAAGGCUCAAUUCUGGGGCAGGGGUCAGAAGGAUGGACCUAAAGGCAUAAAAACGUCUCAGAAGUGUCUGCCUGAGAGACCCUGGCUGGGGUUGCCUCCAGGGGAGUUAGCUCCUCUGUACUAACAAGCAGCCUUUGUGGCCAAGUGGGCCCUAGAUGUCAAGAGGAGGAAGAAAGUAAAAAGCUGCAUGGCAGCCCCUCUGAUGGGCUUCUGCUAGCACAAUGUGAGUCUGACCUUGUAGGAACUGUCCACUACUGGCACGGGAGGCAAGGGUCUGUGACAGAGCACUGGAGGUUCCAGUGUAUGGGUUCUGAGCAAGCCAGUGUGGCCUAUGGCAGUUUAGGGUAGCUUCCUGUGUAGUAGGGGGAAUAGCCGUAAAGACAAAGUCCAGUUCCCCCUUAGAGGGAAGGAGUUGGUGACCUGCUGUGUUCCCCUCUUUUCGUCUCUUGGAAGGAUAUGUCAGUCUGCAUGUAGACAACUGAAUCAGGGCAAAUCAGAGGCCUCUGGAAACAGCCAAGUCUGUUUAAGCCACAGUUUACCCGAAUUGCCCCAGAAAAUUGCCAGACUCUCCAGAGGGCCCUUUUCUGGAGAGACACACUGGAGAAGUUGGCACAGGCCACUUAGCUGUUAUGGUACAUGCCCCAGCCUGUCUCUAUCAGUCUGCUUCAGAGGGAAGCACCUACCAUCCCUCUUAGGGGACCCAGAACUCAAUAUAGUUGUGAAAGGUGAUUUAAAAAGGUAAAGACCAAACCUGACCAGACUGUAUUAACUGCUUUUCUCAGAGGAUCUCCUGCUUCAAGAUUAAGCCUCCACUCUGCCUGUCAGCCCUUUUCCAGCUCUCGGGGUCAAGCUGAUCUCCCAAAAACCGACAUAGGGCCUGGGCCUUUCUCUUGGGUUUCCAAGCCUGCUUCCCAGGAUUUAAAACUGUGGCGACUGAUGUCAUUAUCACCUUCUCCUGAGAUGAGGAUAUGGCAGCUAAAACAAAGAGAGCAGAUAAUUUGAAGUCAGGUUGAUUCCACAAAAUGUUAAGCUAUUUUUUUCCCACUUCCUCAUGAGGCUUUUUGACAUUGCAGUCUGACUUUUGGGGACCAUAAGUAACAAUAUGGCUAGGGAAGAAAUGAUGUUCAGUGCUAUCUCAUAUACUCUUGAGCCUCUGUAAUAAACAUCCAUUACUAAAGGUGAUCCUGACUAUAUUUCUUAAGCUGGACACAUAGUAUCUUCAUUUUUGUUGUUACUCUACCUCACACAUAUAUUGUUUUGAUUCUAUUUUAAUAAAAGCAAUUUUAAGAAGUUA